AGGACACUAUCAUCAGUCACACAUUGUCUAUUUCUUGCUGAUAGCUGCACUCACAUCAAGUCAGUUGGUAAGCCUGUGAUUCACAACUCUAGGUCUUAUACUCAAGGAGCAUGGAUGAAAGAUCCACUAGGAAUCAUGGGUCCUGAGACCAUAUUCGUUAUGGUGGGCUACGGCGGGAGAAACGUGCUUGAAGAGUUUGAAAACAUGGAUAUGUUCAAAGCAGGCAUCGCUCGUAAGAAGUACGUACUGCCUUAUAACUGGGACGGAACAGGAGGAGUAGUGUAUGGACCUUACCUUUACUACAACAGGUAUAAAACGUUAUAUUUAAAUAAAAUGAAUAAUGAUUUGGAGGUAGCACAUCCACAAAGUGGUUCUUCGUCUACCUGCUUCCUGGUAUAACUGGAAUUUGGAAAUGCUGGUUUUUGAGGGGAGGGGAAAACCGGAGUACCCGGAGAAAAACCUCUCGGAGAAAAGGAGAGAACCAACAACAAACUCAACCCACAUAUGGCGUCGACGCCGGGAUUUGAACCCGGGGCACAUUGGUGGGAGGCGAGCUCUCUCACCACUGCGCAAUCCGUUGCUCCUCGUUAUAAUACUCUUUAAAUCUGAUACAGUAUGGCCAACGAAAAAACAAGGGUUUAAAAGAUAAUCAUCACUAAAAGGUCGCAUAUAUGAAAAAAAAUUAAUCAAAGGUGUCGCUUCAGACCUGCGUGGACCAUUUUUUUAAAACUUAAUUCCAGGGCGCUGAUAAUAAAAAUUUGGUGAUAUACCAGUUUACUGACGCAGUAUCUCAUAGUAAGGGAAAUCAACAUCAUGAACUCGUCUCUUAUCCUAGGGCUUCCUUAAUUGCAACUCAUGGCAUGAUGGCUACACAUGCACAGCUAUCAGGGACGGCGGAGCGUCUUUUGUAUUGGGGGGGGGGGGGGUGGGGCGGGGGGCGCUAACAAGCAAGCGCCAGCGACGCUAGCUUGUAGAGGGUUCUGGGGGAUUUCUCGGCCAGAAAAGUUUGAAAUCUUGAAGCUAGGAAAUGCUACUUUUAGCAUUCUCGACGAGAUAUCAAAAAAUAACUAAAUAAAUAAAUAAACGUGGAUACAUAUAUAACUUACAUAUAUCCCAGGCUUACGUAUGUUCCGGCCUUAGUGCGUACACUAAAUUGUUUCAUUACAAACGCUCGACGUGUGUAGCAAGAGGGAGAAUGUUCAAAAUUAGUGUUGUAAAAUCACUUUUGUUACAUUAAGAUAGUAAUCUUGACAGCAUAUGACAAAUUUCAAGUAUAAAACAAAUUGCAAAUUUUUGACAAAUCGGAUUUUGACAAAUACGAUUUUCCUAACUCGUCCCUAGUCGUCUAUCGUUUUUAUUCACAAGCCGAGUAGUGAGAACACUAAAUGAGAAGAACUGAGGUGAAAGGCUGAUUGAAGUCAAUUUCCUGGAACAAUGCAUGUACCGUAACAGCAAGGGAAAAUAACAACUUCAGUUGUAAAUUUGCCGACAUUCCUCUCAUAAUUUUCGUUCAGAGAUACAAAUGAAUUUGCCGCAGAAGCAAAACAAAGCUUAUCAAAUCUAUCUUUAUGUGCGUUCAAAAUCGCGAGAUGGUUGAGACGUGCUUACAACAUUCUUGAUCGAAGCCACUUCUUGAUUCGUCUGGCUGUUGAGAAGAACCUCUCCCCUGUUGCACUUGUAGCAGGAUUGACGUAAACCAACUUGCAAACAACAAUGACGUGGUCCAUCAACUGUCGCUCGAUUGGGUGCAGAUCUUGGACCUCCCUCAAAACGUCCUGAAAGAACCGUAAAGGGACUCGCCGCAUGAGCACUUAAAUCUUACUUAAAUGUGUUGUCUCAAUGUUUUGCUCAUUUUGUUUUGUUUUUCCUUCUGUUUGUUUUCUUUUUUGUGUUUUAUGGGUUUUUAAAUUAUUUGUCAUUUUUUAUUUAUUUUUAAAUUUUUAUUAUUUGCUUAAAAUUGGGAGGGCUAAAGCCCCUCCAGCUCUACCGGCUCCGCCGUCCCUGGCUAUAUAAAUCAUGGUAGAAACAUUCUCCACUGAUACUAACAAUUUGUUGUUAUGGCAGAGAGGCUACGAACUAUAUCGUAAAGUACAAUUUGCGUACUGAAGGUGUGGAAAAGCAGAUAAGCUUGUCGGGUUCAGCGAGGGUCACCUCUUACCAGUGGGGUGGCUACAGUCAAGUUGAUCUGGCGGUUGACGAACAAGGAUUGUGGGCCUUAUGGGGCUACAGUGGAAACAGCAACAAACUAAGAGCGCAAAUGAUAGAUGUACACAAAGGAUCCUUAACCCUCGCUUGGAACUUAAAUUCAGGUACUCGGCUUACGCCUUAUUAGAGCUCCUUAAGCUAAAUACAAAAUGUCAUGAAAUGUAAAGGGUUUCUGGAACUCGUUAGAUUCACCAUAAGUAAACUAAACCAUUGCUAUAACCUGUCAGUUAACAAACGGUCGUCAUCAUCCUUUCCUCAAUAAAAUGCGCAUCCAUUGUUUUUAAACUGAAUAUUAUUUAAUUUCGCAAACUUCGCAAUUUCGUUACUUAGUUGAAUGAGUUUUUAUACUAUAAGUGGGCAUAUACGUUUUUUUUUUUUUUAAAUCUUACUCCGAGUUUCCAUUUAAUGUUAUUUUGCAGAAGUUAUGACCUCAAUGGGAAAUGCAUUUGUGGCCUGUGGAGUGGUUUACUGUAUCGACGACUAUCGUUCAGAGUCCACGACCAUCAACUUUGCUUACGACACCAAGACUGGAAAUCAGUGUAACCCCAAUAUUCAGUUCACCAAUCAGUUCGGCUACAACUCCAUGGUGGCCUAUAACCCCAGAGAAAGAGUGCUGUACGCCUGGGACAACCAGCGUUUGGUAACUUAUCCUAUCACUUUUAAGGAACGAUAG